AUGUCUCGUUACGCUGAAGCUCAUGUCAACCUCCGGGGUCCUGGUGACGCAAGACCUACAGCACUCCAGAUCGUCAAGGAUGAAGGCCUUCUCAACAGACUCACCGACAAAGUUGUCCUCAUCACAGGCGGUAAUCAAGGCAUCGGCCUCGAAACCGCCCGAGCCCUCCACGCAACCGGAGCAACGGUUUACAUCACCGCAAGAUCUCCCGAAAAGAUCGAGCAGGGCAUUAACGACAUCGUGUCGUGGCCGGAAGCGAAAUCGGAGGCACCUGUCCACGGAAUCGAACUGAGGCUUGACUCGUUCAAAUCCGUACGAGCCGCUGCCAAGGACUUUCUUUCCAAGGUCGACAAGCUGAACAUUCUCAUCCUCAACGCAGGGGUCAUGGCCACUCCUGAGGAUAGAACCGAAGAUGGUUUCGAGACCCAAUUUGGAACAAACCAUCUCGGACACUUUCUUCUGUUCCAACUUCUCAAGCCAGCUCUUCUGGCCGCUUCCACGCUUUCGUUACAAUCUCGUGUUAUCUCCGUUGCGUCAAAGGGUCACCGAGCUGGUGGUAUACGCUGGGAUGACUAUAACUUCGAGAAGGAGGUUUAUAAUCCUUGGCUUGCAUAUGCUCAAUCCAAAACUGCGAACAUCUACUUCGCGUCUGAGAUUGACAGGCGAUAUGCAGGCCAAGGUAUCCAUGGCUUAUCAGUGCAUCCUGGAUAUAUACUCACCAACUUGGGUAAGUAUGUUGACCUAAGCACGAUUGACUUGGAUGGUCCUAUCAAGAAUGCUUUGAGGAAUAAGGCUCACGGUGCUGCUACGACUGUUUAUGCGGCAAUUAGUAAGGACUGGGAGGGUCGUGGUGGGAAGUAUUUGGCUGAUUUUGUGGAGGAGAAACUGGUGAGGCCUGGUGUAGAGCCGACUUCGCCUGAAUUGGGACAUGCUGCGUGGAUCUAUGAUGAGGAAGCUGAACGAAAGCUCUGGGAGCUGUCGGAGAAGCUUGUUGGAUUGGAUACUUCCCACGAGUAA